UCCUCUUGAAGCUGACUUCCUUUCUGGAAGUGAUUUUCAUCUCCAACCAUGUUGAGGCUCUUUUCUCAUUCUUUCAUUCUGACUAAGUUGCUUUUUUCCUGUCUGACUUUCUACUGCAGUUGGGAACUUCUGGAGAUCUUGCCAUGGGGUGCGGACUGAGAAAGCUGGAAGACCCAGAUGAUAGCAGCCCUGGAAAAAUCUUUUCUACACUGAAGAGACCACAAGUUGAAACAAAGACGGAUUCUGCUUAUGAAUAUGUAUUGCUGGAUUUUACCUUAGAAGCUUCUUCAAACCCAGAAGUUAUCAAGAUCAGUUCUGUGUUGGAUAUAGCAUCUCGGGUGGAAGACUAUUACAGCAAAGGCUAUGUUGUGGGAGCUGUUCAUCCCAUCAUGCUGCCAAUUGCACAGAGAAGGAAUUUCCCUGCAAGUCACAUGUAUCGAGUGGUACUCUCACGAUUAAAGCUAAGCCAGAAGCACACAGCACCCAGAGGACAAAGGCACCCCAGGCUGGUGAUUGAGGAAUGUCCUUUAACAUAUGAAACACUGACAAAUGAAGUAGUGAAAGAACUGCUAGAAAAGGUUAAUGAAGCUGCUAAAAGAGGAAAGAAGUUUGUGGGAUUUGUAACACAACAUUUUCCUCAGCCUAAAGCCUGUAAUGGAGCAAGCACAGAUGGAGGAGCAGAGCUGGAAUCAACGCUGGGCAGAAGAAAUAGGGAACACAGAAGAGAAAACUUUGAGGAAAACUAUAAAAACUGGAAUGAAGGGACAUUGAGCGGUCACUCAUCUGAGAGUGGGAUAGAAGAGGAAAUGCAUGGAGAAAGCAGACUGUUAGAGGAUUCAGAUUUCCAGUUUGGAAAAGAAGUCAGCCCUUCUAAACCACGAAAAGGAGAUGAAAAGCUCUAUACGGUCUUCAAUGUUUUUGAUGAUGAUUCUACCUGCUGGACCUACCAUGAGGGUCUUUUGUCUAUGAAAGUAACAAGAAAGGGGCCAGUUGUUAGUACACUGGAAGCAGACUGGCUAGAAUUAACUACGUUUUAUUAUAAACAAGGAUUGGCCUUAGUUGAUUCUUUUGUACACUGGGAAACUUCUAAAGGGGAUUAUUUGCCCAAAUCUUUAGAAGGAUUAUUUAUCUAUGAAGAAGAAGGUGCUGGGGUUCCAGGUUCUAGCAGGAAAGGAAAUGAUGCAAUAGUUGUUGAACAAUGGACAGUCAUUGAGGGGUGUGAAAUUAAAACAGAUUAUGGACCUUUACUGCACACGCUGGCUGAGUUUGGAUGGCUCCUGACCUGUGUCCUGCCUACACCAAUUGUACGACAUGACAGUGAAGGAAAUCUGGCCACAAAGCAAGUAAUUUUUCUUCAGAGACCUGUUAUGUGGAGUUCUGCUGUCCAGACACCAGAGAAGAAACCCUUAAGACAAAUGACUGGGGAAGAAAAAGGCAAGGUGUCCAGCAGAAGUGUUGGAUCAGACACAGCUACUUUUUGCCCUGUAGAAACUGGACAACCACCUGACGAGUUUCACCUAUCUCCUUCUAAACAAUGUUGGAUCAAGGAAGGAUCCUCCCAUUAUGGAGGCUUUCCAGGAUUCAGUAGCAGUGAUGGAGUAUUAAGGGAACUGGAUGAUGGACAAUUUGACCAGGAGGAUGGAGUCACUCAGGUCACAUGUAUGUGAUGAGUAAGUAACUGCAUAAAAUGGACAUGUACAUAAAUCACACAAAUUUUUUUUUUUUUAUUACACUACUUUAAAUACAUUGGUAUAAUCCUAUGACUCUUCCCAAACACUCUUGUAUUUUUGUCUGUGUUGUGUUAAUCCUACUGUAGUAAUAAUACUACUGCAAAAUAAUUUGGUUUUCUGUCUGUCUUUAAUAGUGUAACUACAUGAUUUGGGUGCUCUGCUAACUUGUUAAUGCUUUUGACAAGCAAGGAAGCAAAAGCUGCAAAACAGUGACAGUUUGAAUUGUGUGAGAGAGAAAGGAAUGAGGAUGUUUAGAAUUUUCCAAAAGCUGGAGGAAUGCUUUUGAGUUUGUUUGGUUGUUUUGUCCUUGGGGUUUUUUAAGGAUGUUGUAAAUAUUGGUGGGAAAAAAUGAACUGUCUGGCUGUUCUUAAGUUUUAAUAUAAUUUUCACUUUAUUUGCCUUGCAUUAGUUCAAAAGCCUAGAUAAAUGUCAAGUCUUACGCUAGAGUGGUAAUAAUUUAAGCUACAUUCAGACAGUAUGGACAGAAAAACUCAAGAGGCUGUAGGUAGGUAACUUGUUCCUGGAAUAUAACUUCCCCUAUGCGGUUUUCACAGGGUUCCUUGUACAUGUUAGCCAGGAGCUUAUAACUUGUAUUAUAAUGAUGUGUUCAUAAUGUACUUGUGAGUGGAAAUUAAGAACUGUUCAUCCCCUGCAGAUAACUUGCAGUCUGUAAACAAGUAGUUUGAGAAGCUCCCUAGGAAGCAUUGAGAGCAGUGUGAUGCUGCUAAUGCAGAGGAGGAGGAUGCAGGCUAAACUUCAUAGGCAGUAUAAAAUGUCUCAGCUAAAUGUAUCUCACACUGGAUGAAGUGUAUUGAGGUGCAUCCAAUACCAGACUUGAUGUUCAGAGGAAAGGAUCAAGUUGCUGUGCUUCCAUCCUUACUAUGGGGAGGAGCUGCUUGCAUUAAGGGAAGUUAAUGGUGGUAAGGUGCUGUGGGGAGAGGAACAAACAGCAACUGCUUUUAUGCUGCUGUCUGGAAACUGUAUUUUACAGAGGAGAAGCUGAAUAAAAAUUUAAAAAAAAAAAAGUGCUCAUCAUCUCUACACUAGUGUAAAAUAAUUCAGUCAAAAUAAGUCAGAACUGAGCAAAUGUAUUCCUAACUCCACUCUUAAUGUUUGCAGUACAGCACACACAUCACCCAGGGAUUUUGGUACCUGUCUGUGUGUUGUGCUGCAAACACAGAUGUCAUGAAUCAUUUACCUCCAACACCCUGUUCUCCAUGGAUGGUAUCCCACCAGCUGCUCUGGGACUCUGCCUAAUCCACAGUGGUAGAUGCUGGCACUAAAUACAGUGGGCAGAUUAAUGCAGUGACUGGAACACCAACAAUUAACUCCAAAUAAGCACUCCAGGAGAUGGCCAGGCUAGUGGAGGUUCAGCUGCAGUCUCAAAGCUGUGCAGAAAGAACUUUGCUGUUUAUUUCAGUAAGCAAAACUAAUUCAUGCAGUAAAAAAGUUUAAUUUUAUAUAGGACAGGGGGUAGGGAGAAAACUCACUCUACUGACAUAAUUAGCAUAGGGUAAACUUGAAAUAAUAUUGCUUUGGAGCUGCUUCCUGAUUUACUUAUGAUAUUCUUACUGGCAGGAUUGCUUAUUUUUUCUUUGGAAGACCAACUCUUAAUUGCUUGUAGCAUGUUGGGGGCUUUUCUUCCAAAAAAAUCUACAGCUCUGGAGAUUUAGCUUCAACUUCUUUUUCCCAUUGCAUGCUGUGGGGAGUGAUGGGAGCUCCUCAAAUAGGAGGUACAGUAAGGAACCUCUUCUGGCAAAGGCUCUUCUCCCAGCUUUCCCACCAGCAUCUUGAGGUCAGGGAUGUGGGGCAUGAGCCUUGUAUUCAUUCCCUGUCUGGGGGCACUGUAGGGAGGAAGAUCCCUCUGCUGACAGGGAGAGUGCUGGGCUAGGUGUCCCUGCAGAGCCUGCCCCAAGUGCUGCUUUGUCUUGUGGCACUUCUCAGGGAGCACUGGUCAUCUCCAGUGGGCAACAGGGAUCUCUUCCAUGGGACACGGAUGGAGAAUAUGAAAUAGAAGUUACAGCUAUCUCUGGCAGAAAGCCAGCUAACUCUAGCACAUUAUAAAUGGAGUAACAGCUGGUCUCAUGCAACCUGGAAUAUGUUGCUUUAAUUCUAGAAGUAUUUUUUAUGAGUUCUCCAAACCCUGUUUUUGUAAUUUUAACCAUUGUUUAACCAUUGGUCAUUCUCCAUACAUACCCAAUCUGUAAAAUGGGCAAAAAUUGGUCCAGAGCUCCAGUUCUGAAUAUUUCAAGUUAGAGCUUUUAAAGUAUGUCAAAGAAAGAACCUUUUAUAAAGCAAGAUCUUUGCUUAAGAUGGUUAAUAUUAGUGAACCCUAAACCAAAACUGAGCUUGUAAGUAUUUCAGUAAGUUACAAAGUAUAAAGUAGUAUAUUUAAUGCAGUUACUCUUUCUAGAAUGCAUUCAUUGGAUAAAAAUCACUUUUAACUGAGAUCUUCCUGUAUCACCUGUUGAAAGUGCACAAAAUUCAAUUAAAAUAGUGUCUUUCUAAGAUCAAUGUUCUCCUUACAAUUAAUGGGAUGUACACAAGACAGACUGUUUUGGAACUGAGGUGGAAAUUGAGUAUACCUUUAUUUGCCUUGCAUAAAUUCAAAAGGUCCUAGUCCACAGGUGCACUAGAACAUCAUCACUUUCAGCAAGAAAGACUUCUUUUAAAAUGAAAUAAAGCUAAAUUCUUUCUCAAUAGCCUUCAGUUUUAACUAUGCUUUAGUCCUUGCUCACGAAUGUCACAGGUGUUGACAAUGCUGCAAACCUCUGGAUUUCUUUCUGUCUUUUUUUAAUGCAGUAUAGCCAUGCUAAAUUGUUUCCUCUGAACCCACUCAGCAAUUCCUGGAUUGUUAAGGACAGCUGGGGUUUUUAAUGUCAUUUGUCUCAUAGUAUCAAAGUUGCCUGUGCUGUAGAAAUACUCAUCUGAAUUGUUUGCUUUUCGCAGUCAGGACAAGUUGCUUGCUCGGCCUGUGUGAAGACAGUGCGAGAAUUAUCUGACUUCAUGCACUUGACCACUCAUCUUCUAAGGCUUGGAUGCUGAAACUGAAAAAAAUUAAAAUGCUUCUAAAACAAGUUAUGGAAAAUCUUCUGGUUUGUUCCUUGUAAAAAAUUUUUGAAAGACAGCUCUGUCUUACUUGGAUGAGUGAAAAAGGGAGGGUGCAUUUUGGGUAUAGAUUUGAUUUCAGAUCCUCAUCGCCUGUCUGGCACAAACCAGAGCAUGAAGGUUUGGCUUUACUGGUAUGGUGACCAGCACUGUCCAUUAAGUAAAGCAGCUUUGUAAAUCAGAAGAAUUCUCUGAAAAAAAUAGUAAGUACACUUUCUGUAGUCAAUAACAAGAGUUCAGCCAGGAGCCUGUGUGUUUGAAAUAGUAGGGAAACCCCUUUCCUGAUGGUGACAACAGAAAUGCUCUGCAACUUUUAGAAAGAAUGGAAGGCAGCCAUGUUGAUGAACCUCUGCAAAAGAUUGUUUAUACUUUCUGAUGCUUAAAUUGUUUGGAGGGGAAAUAGUUUUCUAAUGUUUACAAACAGGAAGAAACUGUCCACAGUUAAAUAUUUUGUACUUUACUUGUAACUGUCAGAACAGUUUAUUUACAUACCUGGUCAACUGCAAUAAACGGCUGCUUCACUUGU